UGAAAAUAAUCAUUUUAAAUUGCUCAUUGGAUCCAUUUAAAUUGUGAUUCAAACCCUCGUUGUAUGGCUGCUCUAUCCUAAUGAAACUCGCUUAAAAAAAAAUUCAUCCCUAUAACAAGGGGUUGGCAUUCCUGUUUUGGCAUUUAACAAGUGUUUUUAUAAUACAAUCUCUAAAAACAAUUAUUUUGAAUAAAUGUAAUUAAUUCUCAAUUGAAUGCAAGCACGUGAACGUCAUGAGUAAAACGAUUAACAAUGAGAAUGGCGAAGCUAAGAAUGGGAUGAAUAAACAGGAUACUACUUAUGGAUACGAGACUUCAUACUCAUCGUAUUAUCCAAGCUCCAAUUCUCCAUCAACAGCAAAUCAACCUCUGCCAGGACAACCACCAUUACCUCCAAUGCCUCCACCACCAGGAGCUCUGCCACCUUUACCUCAUGUAUUUUCUCCUAUGCCACAAGUUACCCAAAUUCAAUCCUGGGCACCAGCACCUGCUUGGCAGUGGAUAACACCCCAAGCGACAGCGCUGGCUGCCCAAACUUCACGUGAUAUCACAAAUUCGACGAGAGGAAAUUAUACAAGACGCGACAGAUUUACGCAUAAUCGCAACAAUGUUUAUCCUCCGAGAGGAAAUUUUCAUCGAAAAAACCGCAGACCUAGAUUUGAUCAAACUCCGACUCCAUUUGAUCCUACAACAGCUUACUUUGGCCAGUCCUUAGCAGCUGGCAAUAUCAGUAUUGAUUGGCAACGAGGAUUUGCUGCUGCUCACAAUGAUGCUCAAAAUCUUGUUAAUCAUAUGGCUAUGUCUAUGUCCAACCAAUCGUCUGGAGUCAAUGAUAGACAAGAUGGUGAUCAAGACGUUAAAAUAGUUUCCGAACUACCGGUCAAAAAAGGUAAACAGAGAAAACCCAUGUCACAAAAUUAUCCAAGUAGACCUUGGAAUCGUGAAGAUGCGCAAAGUGCACUAAAAGUCGAAAAUGAAUAUAACAAAACAGUUCGUGCACAGAGCUUAAUUAUUAAAUUUCCAGAUCCUGAUUUAAAUAAAGAUAUUGUUCGUGAAUUUCAUACAGGUAUACAAAAUAUACACUUUCAAAGUCCUAGCGGACCACGUUAUUGUUUUAUUCAAAUGGCUGAGAAUGUUAAUAUUGAUGAAGCAAUAAAGGAAUUAGAAAAAAUUCCAUUUGGUGUCGGACAUCUUAAAGUUGAAAGGAAAUCUCUCAGAGAUGAAGAUUUUCCUAUGCCAGAAGAGAUUGACCCUUAUACAUUAUACGUAGGUAAUUUACCGGAAUCAGUAAAUGUUAACGAAGUUAAAAGUAAAUUUCCAACAGCUACAAGAGUUGAUGUUGGUUAUGCUCAAAAAAUGAGAAAUACUAGGUAUGCCUUCAUUCGUUACACGUCUGUUGAAGAAUCUAUAGCAGCCUAUAAACAAGCUCACGAUUUAAUGUGGGACACAAGAAGUAUUAUUGUAAGAUUUAGGCGACAGCGGGGUAAUACUUGUCUACCUGGUGAACCAAAAAGUAAUACCAAGAAAGUAAAAGAAGAACCAAAUAACGUUAAUGUAAAGACAGAGCAAUCCUCUUGCACCAACAAUCAAACAUCAAAGAAUAAUCACAAUAAUAAAACUUCCGAAGACAUUCAACAGACAAUUGGAACUGUUUCAAGUAGAUCUGAGAGUAAUAAUACGACAAAAAAUAUUGAUGUGCGAUUUUCUUCAGAUAAUUCACCAAUAACAGUAAUUCCUACUGAAAUCUCUCAACAAAAACAACCAUGGACCGAAAAAUCACCUCUACUUCCACCGGCAGCUGAAGCUCCUCCACCACCUCCUGAAAAUGAAUCCGAAUCAAUUCUUAUAACAACAAUAAAAGAAGAACCUGAAGAUUUUGAUGAAAUGGAAAUACCUUACGUACCAAUGGAUGAUGGUGAGGAUGAUGAUGACGACGAUGAUGACGAGCCAGAUCAAUUAGAUGAUUCGAAUGAUGAAAUGGAAGACGGUCAACAAGAUGAUUUAGAAGAGCAAACUGACUAUUAUGAAUCUGAGAUACAGAAUAAGCAAAAUAGUGGCAGAGCUGAACAACCUGAUCACUUGGAUCGGAUGUUCAAUGAACUUGAAAAUAUUGUAGGUGAUAUUGAACUUUAAUUUGAGUUUUAAUAAUGGAAAAAUUGACUUUAUUUAUUUUUAACUUUUAAUUGAAUGAUAACGAUAAAAAAAAUGGACUUCCAAUUGAUUGUGGCUGUAAAUAUUUUUAAAUAUGUAUGAAAAAUGUCUUAUCUGUAUAAUUUUUAAUGGUUUUAUUGAUUGAUUUUUAAAUAAUAAUGUAUUUGUGUACAUCCACUUUAGAUUACUAGUUUUUAAGAUCGUGAUAAAUGUAAAAGUAUUUUGACAGCAAAUUAAAAAUAAAUUUUUUUUUAAUUAAAUAAAA